AUGUUUGCCACCUCACCAGAUAGAGCUGUCAACGUUACUACCAGGGGAUCAAAGGAAGCUGUGACUGACGAUAGGCCUGCGGUGAAGUCUGUAUUGGUAGUACUGGCGUGCACGAUGGCGCACAUCGUCAAUAGCGCCAACACAAGUGCGGUCUCAGUGGCUUUGCCCACAAUCGGGAUGGACUUAGAUAUUGCGGAGGCACGGUUGAACUGGAUAGUGGCUUCCGGUCCAUUAACCACGGGCUGUUUCCUAAUGAUGUUUGGGCGAAUUUGCGAUCUGUACGGUCGCAAGAAACCAUUUCUACUCGGUUCGCUGUGGAUGGCGGUGUUCACAUUAAGCAUCACCUUUGUUAGAAAUGAUAUCACUCUUGACAUCUUAAGAGGGCUGCAGGGCGUAGGACGUGCUGCUAUGAUGCCUGCUGCGGUCGGAAUCCUCUCGGAUGCAUUUCCCUCUUCCCAGGUGCGAUGGAAGGCCAUGGCCGCUUUCACCGCCGGCCAGCCUAUUGGUACUGCGCUUGGGACAGUCAUUGGUGGGGUCUUGACUCAGCUCACUGCGCCAUCCUGGCGGGCGCCAUUUUAUCUUAUCACAGCUCUGACUGCCGUAACUUUCGUCCUUGGUCUAUACGUCAUUGACGAUGAUCUUCCAUCCACCGAAACGGAUCUACGGAUCGACUGGGUCGGUGCGGUCCUUAUCAGUGCCGGCCUUCUGCUCGUCGUGUUCGUCUUAUCUCAAGGCGAGCUGGCCCCGGAGCAGUGGAAAACUUCGUAUAUCGUUGCCCUCCUCCUCCUCGGCGUGGCGUUCAUUGUGGCAUUCUUUCUUUGGCAACGCUACCUUGGACAGAACUGUGAUAUGAAGUCUUCAACACGGUAUCCACCACCGCUGAUGCGAUUAUCUCUGUGGACGCGGGCGAACGGGCGCGUCGCAGCUACGUUCAUCAUUGUGUUCUUGACAUGGUGCGCUUUGUACUCAUGGCUGUAUUGGGCGCAGUUGUAUUAUCAGAACUACAUGGGACUGGCACCUCUCGCCACUGUCACUCGUCUCCUCCCCGCCUACCUCACCGGUAUACUGUACAAUGCCUUGAUAACAAUACUCAUCGGCCGCGUUCCCCUGGUGUACCUUAUGGUUUCCGGAAACGUCUUAACUGCCAUCGCCAGUUUGCUAUUCGCCCUGAUCGAUUCUGACUCGGUGUAUUUCGCCUUUGGGUUUCCGGCGGCUAUCUUGGCGCCCGCGGGUGCUGGAUUCGUAUAUGCUUGCACGAUGAUCUAUGUCACGAAGGUGGCUAGUCCACACGAGCAGAGCAUGGUCGGAGCUGUAGUACAAACCAUGACCCAACUCGGCACGUCCCUCGGCGUCACAUUAUCCACUGUUAUCUUCGAUCAAGUAUCUGGAGGCCAGGCGAACUCGCGCAAAAGUACAACUGAUUUGGAUAGCUACAGAGCGGCGGAGUGGACGAAUUUUGCGUUUGCAGCGUUGGGUAUGUGCGUUUGUGUUACUAUGCAGAUGACCCUGAUGUUUUUGCCAGCGGUAUUGUUAGCUCUGAUCGUCUUUCGCGGCGUCGCAGACACAGUGGGUGACAAGGAAGAAAGUGGAUCCACGGACAGUUGCACCACCAUUUCUCAAAAUGAUACACAUUGUUAG